UGAGCUCCGGUGGCCGGAAAGGAGGUAACGUCACCGGGGAGAGCAGAGAAGCCGGGUGUAGCGCCGCCGAGAAGGCACUUUACUGGCAACAUGUCUCAUUUACCGAUGAAACUUUUACGCAAGAAGAUCGAGAAGCGGAACCUCAAAUUGCGGCAGCGAAACCUAAAGCUCCAGGGGGCCUCAGCUGUGAACUUGUCAGAAACUCAAAAUGGAGAUGUGUCAGAAAGAACAGUGGGAGGUGGAAAAAUUAAAAAGUCCCUAAAACAGUCUGUGAAUGUGGGCUUGUCAGAAACCCAAAAUGGAGACAUCUCUGAAAAAGCAGUAGUAGGUGGAAAAGUUAAAAAAUUCCUAAAACAGUCUAUGAAUGCAGGCUGGUCAGAAGCCCAAAAUGGAGACUUACCUAAAGAAACAGUGGAAAAUGUAAAAGUUAAAAAAUCCUCCAAGAAAAAUGGAGACUUACCUAAAGAAACAGUGGAAAAUGUAAAAGUUAAAAAAUCCUCCAAGACAUCUACCACGCUGACCAGUGGGGAAGCAGCAAUACAGUCUCCCAAUUCAGAAUCAAAAAAGAAGAAGAAGAAGAAGAAAAAGAGAAAAAUAGUGGAUGAUGCUGGGCCUGAUUCCAAAAAAGCAAAAACUGAAGACAAAGGAGACUCUGAAGAUGGUGCCCAGGCUCCUGAAGAAACAGAGAACAGUGUGGAGAAGUCAGACAAUGAGGACGAUGACAGCAUGGUACCCAGCCUGCCCCUGGGACUGACAGGAGCUUUUGAGGAUACUUCGUUUGAUUCUCUGACUAAUCUUGUCAAUGAGAACACUCUGAAGGCAAUAAAAGAAAUGGGCUUUACAAACAUGACUGAAAUUCAGCAUAAAAGUAUCAGACCACUUCUGGAAGGCAGGGAUCUUCUGGCAGCUGCAAAAACAGGCAGUGGCAAAACCCUGGCAUUUCUCAUUCCUGCAGUUGAACUCAUUGUUAAGUUAAGGUUCAUGCCCAGGAAUGGAACAGGAGUCCUUAUUCUCUCACCUACUAGGGAACUGGCCAUGCAGACUUUUGGUGUCCUUAAGGAACUGAUGACACACCAUGUUCACACGUAUGGGUUAAUAAUGGGUGGCAGUAACAGAUCUGCUGAAGCACAGAAGCUUGCCAAUGGGAUCAACGUCAUUGUGGCCACACCGGGCCGUCUCCUGGACCAUAUGCAGAAUACACCAGGGUUUAUGUAUAAAAACCUACAGUGUCUGGUUAUUGAUGAGGCUGAUCGUAUCUUGGAUGUUGGGUUUGAAGAAGAAUUAAAGCAAAUUAUUAAACUUCUGCCAACCCGCAGACAGACCAUGCUCUUUUCUGCCACACAAACCCGGAAAGUUGAAGACCUGGCAAGGAUUUCUCUGAAAAAGGAGCCCUUGUAUGUUGGUGUUGACGACGAUAAAGCUCAUGCAACCGUGGAUGGUCUUGAGCAGGGAUAUGUUGUCUGUCCUUCCGAAAAGAGAUUCCUCCUACUCUUUACAUUCCUUAAGAAGAACCGGAAGAAGAAACUAAUGGUCUUCUUUUCAUCCUGUAAGUCCGUGAAAUACCACUAUGAGUUGCUGAACUACAUCGAUUUGCCUGUCUUGGCCAUUCAUGGAAGGCAGAAACAAAAUAAGCGUACGACCACGUUCUUCCAGUUCUGCAAUGCAGAUUCGGGGAUCUUGUUGUGUACAGACGUGGCAGCUAGAGGGCUGGAUAUUCCUGAAGUGGACUGGAUUGUUCAGUAUGACCCUCCGGAUGACCCCAAGGAAUACAUUCAUCGUGUGGGCAGAACAGCCAGAGGCCUGAACGGCAGAGGGCACGCCUUGCUCAUCUUGCGCCCUGAAGAACUGGGUUUCCUUCGCUACUUGAAGCAAUCCAAGGUUCCAUUAAGUGAAUUUGAGUUUUCCUGGUCCAAAAUUUCUGACAUUCAGUCUCAGCUUGAAAAACUGAUUGAAAAGAACUACUUCCUUCAUAAGUCAGCCCAGGAAGCGUAUAAGUCAUACAUUCGAGCGUAUGAUUCCCAUUCGCUGAAACAGAUCUUUAAUGUUAAUAACUUAAACUUGCCUCAGGUUGCUCUGUCAUUUGGUUUCAAGGUGCCUCCUUUUGUUGAUUUGAACGUGAACAGCAAUGACGGCAAACUUAAAAAAAGGGGUGGCGGCGGUGGCUUCGGCUACCAGAAAGCCAGAAAAGUCGAGAAGUCCAAGAUCUUCAAGCACAUAAGCAAGAAACCAUCUGACGGCAGGCAGUUCUCUCACUGAAGACACGCCUUUGUCCUGAAAUGGAUUUUUUUUUCUUGCUCUAACAAAGGAAUUGUUGCUGUAGGAUUUGGGACUCAUCUAACAAGAGUGUGAAUUGACUUGGGGCACUGGCACUGAUAUUUCCAGUGGGUCUCUUUGGGGAUAUAAGACAGUUCAGUAUUUCUUGAUUGGCCAAGGACAGAGCAAGGGAUCUUCUUAGUCUUUGUGAUGAUAGAAUGUUUUUAAGUUUAAAUCUUUUUUUUCCCGAACCUGGUGACUGUUCUAGCGUAAUUCUUUUGGUACCUUUCCUUCCUGGUGUCUGAAGAUUUGUAUGGCUUAGGGUGCUGUGUCAGCCUGCCAGACAGGGCAGGUGACACUGGACAGCUGCAAUUAUCUCAGUUUAUUUUUUUAGUUUUGGUUGUUUCUUGGACCUUUAGUUGUUUCUUGGACCUUACUUUAGUAGUUUUCUGACCCCCUGCUGAAAAUCCUGCCACGUAAAAGGGCAGAGGGCUUUGGGAAAUACCUAAGAAGCACCUCCGGUUAAAGGUGACACUGUUGUUUUUAUAUGUGGGAUUUUAAAACAAUGAUCCUUUCUCCAUUUCACUUUUUUAAGAGGAAGAAGUAUGGGUUGUCAUUGUUACUUGAGUAAAGUGCCCCAGUGGUCCUGACAUGGAGGGUAGGGUGGGGAUGGGGUCUGAACCUCAUUUACAGGUGUAAUAAUACUCUGCUGGUCUCCAUUUGGUAACUUAGCAGACUUUUUUUUUUUUAAGGCACAGAGAAUGGUGACACUCCUCAGUCAAACUUGUUUGUUUGAAGUGGUUUGGAGUUUGGUGAGCCCUUCCAACUCUUCAUAAGUACUUAGAAGGCAGAGCAUCUUUUUGAGAAAAAUUGCCUCUUUCAGAUCCAUGAAAGAAAAAUAGAUUUAUGGUGAAAAUUGAAAACGAACAUACAUCAGAAUGAGCAACGAAGUCAGUGGUUUAGUCAGAUGGGGUUAUUUGUUGUAGGAACUUUUGACUUCUGGUGUGUUUUAUGUUUUAUUUUUAGUGUGUCUUGUAACUACAGAAUGGUUAUUACAUUUUGUAGCUAUUUAAAACCAAAGUUGCUAGCAUCAUUUUGCUGUUGUACCAGUUCUUAUUCAUAGAUUCCUAUUAAAUAUAAGUAUCAAAUGUAGAAGAAACAGUGGCAAACAGCACUGCAGUAGGAAAAGGAAAGAAUGAUAUACUGUUCCACACCUGGGCCCGACCACUGUCCCCCUAGCUAGACAUGUCCUGGGUUUCAGACCUUGAUUGCUGGACUUCUGGCAUUUAAUAACCGUUUCUCUUUCUAGUAACUAUUCUUUUUUGUUUCAGAAAUAAUCAUGUUUCAGAAAGUACACAAAAGCAAAGAGAAGAAUAUUUAAUCCCUGAACAGAAGUAAAUACUGCCAAUAUUUUGAUACAUAACCCUCCAGUGUUUUGUAUACAUACUUUUUUUUUAAUCAAAGGUGAAGUAAGUCAUCCUUACCCACUAUUUGUAACCAUCUUGUUUCAUAACAUUAUUUUCCUGUCAUUAAAUAAUUACACCAA